UCACAGCUUCCCAAGCUCCAGCCCUCCUUCCACGACCGCUCUGACACCCUUCUAUCCACCGGUAUUCCCGAAUUUGGGGCCCUCCACUACAUUCCGCCCCCCUUGGUCCCCUAUAACAUGCCCAUCGUCAUCAAUUCACCGCUGCCACCCGCGCCUCUGCCCCGCCAAAAUGCAUACGCGGACCCAGAAGAAGACAGCUCUGAUUCCGAUGUCGACAUGGACAUUGACGCGGCAUAUCCCUCCUCCAAGCGGCCCCGACUAGGCGGUAGUUCCAUUGUCACGCCCGGUGAAACUAUCACCGACGACCCCCAGUGGAUGCGCGGCCACGGCACCUACAUCCCUCCGCACACAACCGCCAUCACAUCAACCGUCGCCGGCACGCUGCACAAGACCAAUAAACUGCUCUCCGUCACCCCACUGCGAGCUCGCUAUACGCCCGAGAUUGGCGACCUGGUUGUUGGGCGCAUCGUGCAGGUGCAGUCGAAGCGGUGGCAGGUCGACAUUGCAGCGCCGCUGCUGGCGGGGCUCCCACUGAGUGCAAUCAACCUCCCCGGUGGAAUCCUGCGCAAGCGAGAUGCAGCCGACGAACUCAACAUCCGAACCUUCUUCACAGAGGGUGACCUGCUCGUCGCAGAAGUGCAGAAUCUCUUCCAAGAUGGAGCCGCAGCGCUACACACGCGGAGUCUGAAGUACGGCAAGCUGCGAAACGGAUACUUCCUCUCUGUGUCGGGUGCUGGGGGAUCGAAGGGAAAAGGUGGAGUUGCUAGGGCUCGGCGACAAGUCUUCACAAUCACGACUUCACGCGGUGGUGAGGAGGUUGAUGUGGUUCUGGGAGUCAAUGGCUAUGUGUGGAUUUCGAAGCACGUGGAGCCGGAGGGACAUGGGAAGGAUGUCGCCAUCACUCGGCUGGAGGAGACCAUAAGCAAGGAGAUCUACUCGAGCCAGAACGAAGAGAUUGGGGUGAACACUAGGCGGGAGAUUGCUAGGGUGGCCGGGGUGAUCAGGGCUUUGGUGGAGCACGGAGCGAGCGUGGAUGAAGAGAUGGUUGUUAGGGCCUAUGAGGCCAGUCUCUCGGUGGAUGCUGAGGACGCAAUGGGCGGUGAUGGGGAGAAAAGUGAGUUCUUGGGAGGAGAGAGGGGCAGGAGGGUGGUUGAGCAGGCUCUAGGUGGAUUUGGAGGUUGAUAUCGGACGAGUCUCAACACACACUCUAAUCUGGACUACUCUUUGGAGGGUCGUGGGGCAUAUGAUGCUGCCAUGAAGGACCUCCACUACUACAGAAAGUUGGAAUUCACUCAUGAGAUUUGCUCUAGUUUAGAGCUAACUCACUAAUUGGGACUUGGACACUAGCCGGUAGAUAGUUGCUUGCCGCUGCUUGCGGUGCCCUAGCCUACUAUCAGAAAUACAAAUUAACAUCAAAACCAUAAGAC